AUUCUCUACACGGGCGGCACCAUAGCCGGCGGCUCCAUCUACGGCGCCCUCGACGACACGCAAUAUGGGCAGCUCAGCCAGACGGGCGAGCAGAUCAUUGCGCGGAAUCCCUACCUCCUGAACCACACGCAGCUCGCCGUCUCCAACUGGACCACGCGAUCCGAUGGCUCAACCGGAACCAACGACGCCCUCGCCAUGAACAUGACGCGCUUCGCCCACGACGCCCUGUGCUCCCCCGACAGCGAUAUCGCCGGCGCCGUCUACACGCACGGCACAAACUCGCUCGAGGAAACCGCCUUUCUCAUGGACAGCCUCGUAAACUGCGGCAAGCCCGUCGUGGGCACCGGAAGCAUGCGGCCUUUCACCCACCUUUCCUACGAAGGCGACGCCAACUUCUUCAAUGCCGUAAUGCUGGCCGCCUCGCCUGCGUCACGGGACCGCGGCGUCAUGGUUGCCUUCAACGCGAGGAUUAUACCCGGGUACUGGGUGACGAAGCUGCAUUCUACCAAUCCCGAUGCGUUUGGUGCGACGGCAGGUGGCGACUUGGGCAUCUUCAUCAACAGUCUGCCCGUCUUCUUCAACACGCCGAGCCAGCCGCUGUGGAAGCACUACUUUGACAUGGCCGCUGUGUCGGCGUACAAGACGUUUCCGGCGCUGCCACACGUCGAUAUCUUGUAUGCUGCCCGCGAGUUCUCGGGCAAACUCGUCCUGGAUGCGCAUGCGAACGGGGCCCAUGGCGUUGUCAUUGCGGGCACGGGAAACGGCGGGAUUCCAAAUGGGCAGGACGAAGUAGCUGAGGCGCUGGAACAGGGACUCCAGAUUGUAGUCGGC